AUGAAGGGUCAGAGUGCCGGCUCAGAGAAGAAUGUGGAGUCUGUGGCCAGAAACCUGAUCACACUCAUCCAACAACAUCUUGAUGGAGGCAGUAGUCAGGAAGGAGCACCUGGUAACCUCUCACCAAGAGCAGCUACUGUCUUCAAUCCUCCACCCAGCACAGCUGCUGUCUUCAGUCCCCCAACCAGAACAGCCACCAGUAUGCAAACAUCAGUAUCAUCAGAAAUGCAAAGCAUCCCUGAUGACCAAGAUAAUGCUGUAACACCACUUCCUCCAAGUACAGCAGCGAGCACAUCAGCAGCAAAACAAGUGAAGCAGUUAAGAAAGGGACUGAAGGAGACAGGCAUUUGGCCACUUCUGUCCAAUAGAUCGGAUGUGGUGAAGCUGCUUUUCCCUUGUGAGAAGGAAGCUGAGAUCACACCCCAGAUGAUUCUUACCCACAUAAAAUGGCCCACACCAAAUCCAGAUUCUGAUGACGAUGAAAAUGAUGUCUCUGUUGAGGCCGUCACUCAAGUCACAACUUACUUCAGGACCUUUAUUGAACAUGCAUCUUCAGAGCACUUGAAAAAUCUGCUGCAGUUCUGGGUGGGUUGGGAGGUCCCUCCAGAGGAGUUGAUUGUGAAGGUGGCAAGUGGCCACCUCCCCAGGGCCUUGACAUGCUUUGAGACCAUCAAGUUGCCUGACCAUCACACAAACUACAAAGAUUUUGAGUCCAACUUGUUGGGUGCCAUUACUACCUGCGAAACAGGGUUUGGUCUUGUUUAAAGGCAAGACAUUUUGGACAUAGACUGGUGUCGGGUCAAAAUCCUCAG